AACAUGGAUCAAGAAGACUCCCUCUACUCCUACUACCUCCCCACCGACUCCGACUUAGACCUCAGCUUCACCUCCGCCACCACCCUCUCCGCCCGCAGCAGCCUCACCCUCAGCUUCAACGACCGCCUCUCCACCGCCUCCACCUCCCACCCCCGCCCCCACCGUCGCCACGACAACCCCCACUGGGCGGCCGUCGACGCCGCCACCACCCUCUCCGGCGACGGCGCCCUCCACCUUCGCCACCUCAAGCUCCACCGCCUCGUCGGCGCCGGGAACCUCGGCCGCGUCUUCCUCUGCCGCCUCCGCGACUACGACCACGCCAGCUUCGCCCUCAAGGUCGUCGACCGGGACUCCCUCAGCCCCAAGAAAAUCUCCCACAUUCAAACCGAGGCCCAGAUCCUCUCCUCCCUCGACCACCCCUUCCUCCCCACGCUCUACGCCCACAUCGAGGUCUCCCACUACAUCUGCCUCCUCAUGGACUUCUGCCCCAACGGAGACCUCCACGCCCUUAUCCGGAAACAGCCAUCCAACCGCCUACCGCUCCACGCCGUCAGAUUCUUCGCCGCCGAGGUCCUCGUCGCGCUCGAGUACCUCCACGCGCAGGGGAUCGUGUACCGCGAUCUAAAACCGGAAAACAUCCUGAUCCGAGAAGACGGCCACGUCAUGCUCUCUGACUUCGACCUCUGCUUCAGCUCAGAAAUCUCGCCGAAAUUGGAAAGCAAGAAACACAACAUGGCAGGCUCCAGGAGAUACGCCUGCGUCACGGAGUUCACAGCCGAGCCCACGGCCGCGUUCUCGAAGUCCUGCGUGGGGACGCCCGAGUAUCUCGCGCCGAAGCUCGUCGGCGGGAACGGCCACGGCAACGGCGUGGACUGGUGGGCGUUCGGCGUUUUGAUAUACGAACUCUUACACGGAACGACGCCGUUUAAGGGGUCCACUAAAGAGUCGACGCUCCGCAACAUUGCUUCGACUAGUGGGGUCAAAUUCCACGUGGCGGAAGGGGAGCCCGGGAUGGAUGAUGCCCGGGAUUUGGUCGUUAUGUUGUUGGUGAAGGACCCGAGGAGGAGGCUAGGGUGCGCCAGGGGGGCCACGGAUAUUAAACGGCACCCCUUUUUCGACGGGAUUAAGUGGCCGUUGAUCCGGACGUACCGGCCGCCCGAGGUCCGCGGGCUGGCCGUGAGAUGGAUGACGAAGAGCAAGGCCAACGUGGCCGGAGCCAUGUCGCCGAGGCGGCAGCGGUGCUUGUGGAAGAAGCUGAGGAAUUUGAUGAGGAUUAAGAGGUCUAAACAUAGAUUGAAUUGCAAUUCCAACUAUUACUCAUAUGUUGAGUACAACAUUCAUUAAUUAGCCAAGGUUUAGAGGUGUUUAAUUAAGUUUUCAUUAUUUUUGGAUUUAGAUGUAAUUAUUAUGUUGUACAAUUUGUCUGGAGUUAGGUCGCCAGAAUAUACAUCAAUUUUGGAGAGGCUGUAAAUCACAAAGCAAAAGGGGGCAUGGAAAUACAGAGCUUGUACUUGUUCAUUAA